AUGGCGCUCAAUGGCAAAGAAACAGACACACAAGCAUCGUCGAAUGGUGUCGCACCGCCAGAAACAGAACCUACACCAACAGUCUCAUCGAAGAUUGUGAACGGAAUCACGAACGGUGUUGCGGCGGCCGCGGCAGCAGCUACAUCCUUACCGGCUGUUGACACGUUGAAGCAGACGGUGACGAACAAACAAGAAGAUGACGACCAGCCGUUAUUCUCGCCUUCACUGAUCAGCGAUGAAGUUUCGUCCAGUUUGCCGGAUGGGUAUACAAUCCGACCGCUUCGACGGAGUGAUUAUUAUGGAGGCUUUCUCGACACCCUCCGCGUCCUCACCACAGUAGGCGAACCGACCUUCGCCGAAUUCAACGCCCGCUACGACUUCAUGGCCAGCCGCAACGACACAUACUACAUCCUCGUGAUCUGCGACACGACGGGCACAGUCGUGGGCACGGGCGCCGUGAUCGUCGAACGCAAAUUCAUCCACAAUAUGGGUCUGGUCGGCCACAUUGAGGACAUCGCCGUGGCCAAGAACCAACAGGGCAAGAAGUUGGGGUUGCGCAUCAUCCAGGCCUUGGAUGCCGUGGCCGAGAACGUCGGCUGUUACAAGAGUAUUUUGGACUGUAGUGAGGCCAAUGAAGGGUUCUAUGUCAAGUGUGGGUUUAAGCGUGCGGGUUUGGAGAUGGCUCAUUAUUAUGAGAAAAAGGAAACGACUGGGUUGGGGGCGGCGAAGACGAAUUUGUGA